AUGCAGUCCGGAAUCUCAGCUUCGCAAGAGCUGAACAGCCAAUUCAACAACCUGCUCUCCGAUAUAUCCAUCUUCGGCCUCCUCGUGACCAUCAAGGGCGAAUCGCUGGUCCCCGUGACCACCCUCCCGUCCAAAGGCUCCGACUUCUCCGCCAACCUCGAGUCGCUCUCCCCCCAUCUCCAGCCCAACGAGGCCCUCUACAUUCUGCUGCGCCGGCGUCCCACCCCGCCGGGCUUCAUCGCCAUAAGCUAUGUGCCGGACAGCGCCAAGGUGCGGCAGAAGAUGCUGUUCGCCUCGACGCGGCUGACCCUCGUGCGCGAGCUGGGCAGCGAGCACUUCUCCGAGACCAUAUUCGCCACGACGCCCGAGGAGCUGACGGCGGCCGGCUUCGCCAAGCACGAGAAGCACGCCGGGCUGGCCGCGCCGCUGACGGAGGAGGAGCGCACGCUGGGCGAGGUGAAGCGGGCCGAGGCCGAGGAGGGGCGCGGCACCGGCGUCAGGGAGAUCCAUCUCAGCAAGACCAUGAACAUGCCCGUGGCCACGGACGCGCUCGUGGCGCUCAGCAACCUGGGGCGGGGCGAGGGCGCCGGCAUCGUGACCCUCAAGAUCAACCCAGAGAGCGAGGUCGUCGAGUUGCUGCCGAGCUCCUCGACCCCUUCGACCGUGGAAGAGCUUGUGCAGAACCUUGACGACAAGGAGCCGCGGUUUACGUUCUGGCGGUUUACGCAUACGUAUGGAGGGGAGGAGCAGAGCCCUAUCCUCUUCUUUUACACGUGCCCAGCUGCCGCGGGCAAGAGCAUCAAGUUCCGCAUGAUGUAUCCGCUCAUGAAGCGGGCUGUGAUUACGGCUGCCGAAAGCGAAUGCGGGAUCAAGGUUGAAAAGAAGUUCGAGGUCGAAGAGCCGACUGAAAUCACGGAGAAAGGCGUUCUAGAUGAUCUACACCCGCAAGCCGAAGUGAGGCAGGCUUUCAGACGUCCCAAGAGACCGGGUCGAUGA